CCUCUGAGUAGCUCUGCGGUGCUGGUGGCCUGGGAGCGACCAGAGCUGCACAGCGAUCGGAUCAUCGGCUUCUCACUGCAUUACCAGAAGGCGCAGGGCAUUGACAAUGUGGAAUACCAGUUUGCUGUGAACAAUGACACCACUGAGCUGCAGGUGCGGGACCUGGAACCCAACACGGACUAUGAGUUCUAUGUGGUGGCCUACUCCCAGCGCGGGGCCAGCCGCGCCUCCACCCCUGCGUGGGCACACACAUUAGAGGAUGUUCCCAGCAUGGCCCCGCAGCUCUUGCUGUCCAGCCCCAGCCCCUCAGACCUCAGGGUAGCAUGGUUGCCCCUACCCCCUGGCCUGAGCAAUGGGCAAGUGGUGAAGUACCGGGUGGAGUAUGGUCUUGGAAGGGAAGACCAGACAUUCUCCACCGAGGUGCAGGGCAACGAGACACAGCUGAUGCUGGGCUCACUUCAGCCUAACAAGGUGUACCGAGUUCGGAUUUCGGCAGGCACAGGGGCAGGCUUCGGGGCACCAUCCCCGUGGGUGCAGCAUAGGAUGUCCAGUGUGUACAACCAGAGCCAUGUCCCUUUUGCCCCUGCAGAGUUGAAGGUACAGGCAAGGAUGGAGUCCCUGCUGGUAUCCUGGCAGCUGCCCCCUCACCCCACCCAGAUCUCUGGCUACAAACUGUACUGGCGGGAGGUGGGGGCCGAGGAGGAGGCCAAUGGGGGUCAUCCCCCAGGGGGCCGUGGAGACCAGACAUGGGAUGUGGGGCCCAUCCGACUCAAGAAGAAGGUGAAGCAGUAUGAACUGACCCAGCUAGUCCCCGGCCGAUUGUACGAGGUGCAGCUCGUGGCAUUCAACAAACACGAGGAUGGCUACGCAGCAUUGUGGAAGGGCAGGACAGAGCAGGCUCCCACACCAGACCUGCCUAUCCAGAGGGGUCCACCCUUGCCCCCAGCCCAUGUCCAUGCAGAAUCAAACAGCUCCACAUCCAUCUGGCUUCGGUGGAAAAAGCCAGACUUCACCACAGUCAAGAUUGUCAAUUAUACCGUGCGCUUCAGCCCCUGGGGGCUCAGGAAUGCAUCCCUGGUCACCUACUACACCAGCUCUGGAGAAGACAUCCUCAUCGGCGGGCUAAAGCCAUUCACCAAGUACGAGUUUGCAGUACAGUCUCACGGCGUGGACAUGGUCGGGCCCUUUGGCUCCGUGGUGGAGCGUGCCACCCUGCCUGACCGGCCCUCCACACCCCCAUCUGACCUUCGUGUGAGCCCCUUGACACCAUCUGCUGUCCGGCUGCACUGGUGCCCCCCCACGGAGCCCAACGGCGAGAUCGUGGAGUACUUGAUUCUGUACAGCAGCAACCACUCCCAGCCCGAGCACCAGUGGACCCUGCUCACCACGCAGGGAAACACCUUCAGUGCUGAGGUUCAUGGCCUGGAGAGUGACACUCGGUACUUCUUCAAGAUGGGGGCCCGCACCGAGGUGGGCCCUGGGCCCUUCUCCCGCCUGCAAGAUGUGAUCACGCUCCAAGAAGAGCUCUCAGCCUCCCUGGACAUGCACUCCGUCACGGGCAUCAUCGUGGGCGUCUGCCUGGGCCUCCUGUGCCUCCUGGCCUGUGUGUGUGCUGGCCUGCGCCAAGGCCCCCACAGGGAAGCCCUCCCGGGCCUGUCUACGCCUGCUGCUGGGAACCCUGCACUGUACUCCAGAGCCCGGCUUGGUCCCUCUGGCCCCCCAUCUGCCCAUGAACUGGAGUCCCUUGUGCACCUCCGUCCCCAAGACGGGUCCCCUUCACCCUCAGACGCAGAAGACAGGGCUGAAGUGCAUAGCCUCAUGGGUGGCAGUGUCUGUGAAGGCCGGGGUCACUCCAAGAGAAAGAUCUCCUGGACUCAGGCAGGCGGGCCACACUGGAUGGGUCCCUGGGCAGGCUACGAGCUGCCCCAGCUGGGCCCCAGACCCACCCUGACCCGGGCCCUGCUGCCCCCCGCUGGCACUGGGCAGACACUGCUGCUGCAGGCGCUGGUGUAUGAUGCCAUCAAGGGUAGCGGGAGGAAGAAGCCACCCCCGGCCUGCAGGAACCAGGUGGAGGCUGAGGUCAUGGUCCACUCUGACUUCAGUGCGUCCACAGGGAGUCCCGACCUCCAAGACUUGGAGCCUGAGGGCCCCCUGCCCUUGGAGGCUCCUGACCUCAUCUCGGGUGUUGAGGAGGCAGGGCAGGGGGCCACCUGGCUGGACAAGGAGCCAAGAGGGGGUGAGCUGGUGGCCCCCGGACCAGACAGACCACCAGAGGUGGCCCAUGCUUCCUGCCUGCACCCAGACCUCCAGCCCAGCGAGGCUCUAGAUGAGACCCUGGGAAACAACCUGCAGUCCAGAGCCCCCUGCCCUCAAGGAGCCAGCCCAGGCCUGCCCAGAACCUCAACCUCGUGCUCUGUGGAGCUUCCCUAG